AUUUUGAAUUUUUAAUGUUUUUUUUGGCCAGUAUUUGUAAUCGUGAUCUGUUUGUAUUUUUUUUAAAUUUUUUUUAUUUGACAUUUUUAGAUAAAUAUGAUAAUAAUGGAAACUUUUUGGAAUUCUAAGUAACGUUUUAAUUAUUUAAUUUUUUUGUAUUGUAUCAACCAUCAUGGCUGAACGAUCCAACCUUCCAAAUAUAACUUCGUGUUCUCAAUUUCGUGCUACAGAAACUUGGCAAAAGUUAGUUGAACAUUUUAGAUGCAGUAUGCCAUUAAAAUCCCAUAGAUACCAGCUUUGGUUUAAAGAAAACUGUUUUACUGGAUGUGAAGCAGUUGAUUGGAUGUACAAUGAAGGUUCUGCUGGAAAGUUGCAAAAUUUAUUCAAUAAAGAAAUAACACGUCAACAAAUUAUUACUUUAUUGCAAAAGUUUUAUGAAGCAGAAAUUUUUAAAGCUGUUAAUCCUAAUUUAAAUAGAUUUAAAGAUAGAUCAGAUUUGACACAUCGAUUUAUUGUACCAAAAAAUAGCAUGAAAAGUAUAAGUAAAGGUUCAGUACUCUCUUCAUUAAACUUAUUCCUUAUGAAUAAGCCACAAUCGUUGUCUCCUCAACCUAUAAAGAGAGAUAAAGUUAUGUCUAAUCAUAGAAUGAAAUCCUAUUCUAUGGAAAAUGUUGCAAUGAAUACUUAUUUGAGUGAAAAUAAUAAAAUUGCAAAUUAUGUGAUAAACAAUUUAUCUAUGAUUCUAAAAAGUUUUAACAUGGAUGACUUCUUGAACAUUGAAAAUAUAAAUAAACAAUGGAUUAUUUUAAAUAUUUAUAAUCCUCAGAAAAACGAAGAGGGAUUAUUUCCUCACUGGGUUAAAACAGCAAUGGACAGUUUAGUUAAUGAUUUGGAUAAAGAAGAUUGUGCAUAUCCUGGAUUUAAAGCUGAUGUUUACUCAGUAAUAAAAGAUUAUUUUUUGAAUUCUGAAGAACCUAUUAUUCCAAUUACGUUUUAUGAGUUAUUUAUAUCAAUUUUAGUAAUAGUAGAAAGACAUGAUCAUAUAUGUGGUAAAAAAUCAAAAUCAUCUGAAAAUUGUAACCUGAAAUAUAAUUCUUCAACAACUUCUACUACAGAAUCAGAGUAUUUAAGAAAUCUUAGUAAAAGUGAAAAGAGUUUUGAUAAUUCUAUUUACUAUAAUUUAAUGUCUAUGUCUAUAAGUAGUUGUAGUAGCGCUUCUUUUUAUGAGUCAUGUGAAGUUGAACAAAGUAAUAUGGAACAUAAACCAUUAAAUAAUAUUCAAAAAUUGUCAAAACCAAAACUAUAUAGGACUACAAGUUCACCAGAAAUAUCUUCAAAAACACGAUCUUAUUAUGAUCGAAUAAAAAAAAGGAGACUGGGACGUACUACAUCUAAUAAUUCAGUUAGCACAAAGAAAAAUAGUGAAUUAGAUAAAGGAGUUUUCUCUGACAACUAUGGGUUUGCUAAUGAAUCUGUUGAUCUCAAUAAAAGAAUUCUAACUUCUUCUUCCGGAUAUGUAAAUUUUGCGUUGUUCCAAUCUGAAGAAAUUAAUCAUGAUAAUAUUAAUGGGAUAAAUUUAGAUAUGGCUGUAUCAUCUAUUCAAAAUUUAGUUGAUAACUCCAUUAUUGAUAGUAAAAUAAAUUCUACUUACAAAUUAUUCAAUGGUCUCAAUGAUAAAUCCAUACAUUUAGGAAUUGUACUUUAUCGGUUACUAUGUCUUUGCCUUCCACCAUUAAAUAGAGCAAAAUUACAGUUAUUUCUUAAGUUUAUUUCAAAUUUAUCAACUAAAUAUUCAAAAGUCUCAGAAAAAUUGUGCUCUACUGUUCUUAGACAAAAUGUAGAUCAAUUUGAUUAUGAUUGCUUAGCUUCCGAUGUUGUAAUGUUUUUAAUACAUAAUCAUGAAACAAUAUUUUUACCAAUAAACACAAAUAAAAUACUAUCAGAAAAAUUUAAUUUUCGAAAUAGUGAAGAUGAGAAUUUUUACAGUGAUAAUUUAAUGCAUUACUGUCAACGAAUAUCUGACCAAGAAUUUGAACAACACAGGAGCAAAGAAUCUAAAGAUGCUCUAAUUGAAUUAUUAGAUCAAAUCAUUAAUUGUUCUACUAUGACAACAAAAGAAAAAAAUAAACGUUUAAAAAUGUUUCAAAAGUUAUACCCUGAUGUCUAUGAAAUGAGGUUUAUACUACAAGAUGACAAAAAAAAGAAUUUGAUUCAUUCCAUUCAAAGCAGAAACUUCAUUAAAAAUCUAAGAAUAUAGUUUUUCUAGGAUUUCAUAAUAUUUUAGUGUUAAAAUUUUUUUUUUUUUGUAUGUAUAUAUAUAACAAAGGUGCUAUUUAAACAAAAUUCAUUUUUUGUAAUACUUAUUAACUUGUAUUUAUUUGUAAUGAAACUUUUUAUAAAAUAUCUUGAUUGCAAAUAAAGUGCAAACAUUGUAAUUAAA